GCAGCCUUCCACACCAUUGCUGCCAAGUUUUUAGGGGAAACAAUAGCUGUUUCGUCCAAAAAUAUCGUGAAAAAUUGUGUUUCAUGUGCAAGAAUAUGUGCAUAUGCAUGUUUAAAUAAUGUUUAAAGUGUUCACGGAUGCCCUGCAUUGUUCGCAAACUGUAAACAAACGCGCUAACUGUUGAAAAAUAUAAAUUAAACCACUCUGUUUUCAAUUGUUCGAUUUUUCACCAAGGCACAAAAAUAUCUGUGCAAGUGUCAAACAAAAUCUGUUCAUUUGCGCAAGCGAUUGCAACCUAAAAACGCGCAAUACAAAAAUAUUUAGCACAAAUGUCUCUUUAAGCAAGCAGCAAAAUUGCAUUUUCGAACAUUUCCGCCUGCACCUGGUUUCCGUGGACGUGCUUUGGAUCCGUGGAUAACAGAGACGCAAAGAUAGACGCCGUGUGGGGUUGGGCAUCCGCCCCGCUGCGUUUAGCGGCGAAUAGAAUGGGCGAUCCUUUGCUACCGGGCUCAACCGGCCUUGGCAGUGGCGCUGCCGCCACAGCCACCGCUGGUUCGGGCACCACAGGAACUGGCCUCGGUAGCGGUGGCACAGGCGGUGCCGAACGCCCACCGUCCCCAGCACGUCUCACCCACACAUCCGAGAAGCAUCCGAAGGUGACGCUCACGGAGUUGAAUAUGCUGCGUCGACAUCGCGAGCUCUGCGAUGUGGUUCUCAAUGUGGGUGGACGCAAGAUCUUUGCCCAUCGUGUCAUUUUAAGUGCGUGCAGCUCCUAUUUUUGUGCCAUGUUCACUGGCGAGCUGGAGGAGUCACGCCAAACGGAGGUAACCAUACGGGAUAUCGAUGAGAAUGCUAUGGAGCUGCUGAUUGACUUUUGCUACACCGCCCACAUCAUUGUGGAGGAGUCCAAUGUGCAGACGCUACUGCCAGCCGCCUGCCUGCUACAACUGGUCGAGAUCCAGGAUAUAUGCUGUGAAUUCCUCAAGCGUCAGCUCGAUCCGACCAAUUGCCUGGGCAUACGCGCCUUCGCUGACACGCACUCCUGCCGCGAGCUCCUUCGCAUUGCCGACAAAUUCACACAGCACAACUUCCAGGAGGUCAUGGAGAGCGAAGAGUUUCUCUUGCUGCCUGUCGGCCAGCUGGUGGACAUCAUUUGCAGCGAUGAGCUCAACGUACGCAGCGAGGAGCAGGUCUUCAAUGCCGUAAUGUCCUGGCUCAAGUACAAUGUCGCUGAACGGCGACAGCACUUGGCACAAGUGUUGCAACAUGUGCGUUUGCCGCUACUCUCGCCCAAGUUCCUGGUCGGCACUGUGGGCUCUGAUCUCCUGGUACGCUCAGAUGAGGCUUGCCGCGACCUGGUCGAUGAGGCCAAAAACUAUCUGCUGCUGCCGCAGGAACGUCCAUUGAUGCAGGGACCACGCACCCGUCCACGCAAACCCACACGACGCGGCGAGGUGCUGUUCGCUGUGGGUGGCUGGUGUUCCGGCGAUGCCAUUGCCUCUGUCGAACGCUUUGAUCCUCAGACCAAUGACUGGAAAAUGGUUGCACCCAUGAGCAAGCGGCGUUGUGGCGUCGGUGUUGCCGUUCUCAAUGAUCUACUGUAUGCGGUCGGUGGACACGAUGGUCAAAGCUAUUUGAAUAGCAUCGAAAGAUAUGAUCCACAGACCAAUCAAUGGUCCUGUGAUGUGGCGCCUACCACCUCGUGCCGCACAAGCGUCGGCGUUGCCGUAUUGGAUGGUUUCUUGUAUGCAGUCGGUGGUCAGGAUGGUGUGCAGUGUCUGAAUCAUGUGGAACGCUAUGAUCCCAAGGAGAACAAAUGGUCCAAGGUAGCACCAAUGACCACACGCCGUCUAGGCGUUGCUGUUGCUGUCCUUAGCGGCCAUCUCUACGCCAUAGGCGGCUCCGAUGGCCAAUGCCCGCUCAAUACCGUGGAGCGCUAUGAUCCCAGGCAAAACAAGUGGGUGGCUGUUAAUCCCAUGUCGACCCGUCGCAAGCAUCUCGGCUGCGCCGUAUUUAAUAAUUAUAUUUAUGCCGUUGGCGGUCGCGAUGAUUGCAUGGAACUGUCCUCCGCUGAGCGCUACAAUCCCCUCACCAAUACCUGGAGCCCCAUUGUGGCAAUGACCUCGCGACGCAGUGGCGUCGGCUUGGCUGUCGUCAAUGGGCAAUUGUAUGCUGUGGGAGGCUUUGAUGGCUCUGCCUACUUGAAGACCAUUGAGGUGUACGAUCCAGAGACGAAUCAAUGGCGCCUGUGCGGCUGCAUGAACUAUCGCCGUCUGGGUGGCGGCGUUGGUGUUAUGCGUGCACCGCAGACUGAGAAUUAUAUGUGGUGCGAUAACAGUUUUAGACAGAAUGAUCUAUAAUAGUCUAUUGUAAUCCUCAUAACUAACUAAACAUAAUGUCAUUUCUUUGUAUUCAUCUCGUACUUUAAACACACACACAUUUAUGCUAACAAUCGCAGGAUACGCAAGGAUUCGGUCGUCUGAUGGGAGCCGAAGCCGACGACGACAGCGCUGCCAUCGCAAACGUUGCCGCCGCCGCAUUUCUACUAAAGUAACAACAACUGAAACAACAAACAAACAGACAGACCGACAGACGAGUUAACUGCAUAACAAAUCGAAGCCAAAUUUUUUCCAGCGGUUACAAGUUGAUAAGCCUAAGCAUUAUAAACAUAAUUGUAUAAUUAAUAAUUAAUUGUUAAAUGUUUCUCAAUUGGUAGCGCGUUAAAAGAGAAAAUGUUUGUUGUGUCGCGCGUUUUUAACAAUAUGCCUAGCGUUAGUUGAAUACACACAUAAACACACCCACACACGCACUCAUCAAUACACACACAAAUAUGAAUCCAUAAAUAUAUUAUAUGCUAAAACAUGUACUGUAAUAUUUAAUAAGCUACUAACAAAUACUAAAUGUUCUUUGUAAUCAAAACAAAACAAGAUGAACAAAAAAUAACAAAACACUGUUGUUGGUUAAAAUUUCAUGGAAAUUUCUAACAUGCCUUUCCCCCUCGAA